AUGAAUGCUAGACCCUCCUACGAGGGGACUCUUAACGAGUCCCAGCUGUUUCAACAGCUCCCGAAUGAGAUUGCGGAACUCAUUCGCACCGCAUCGGGGACUCAGUACCUGAAUGCGCUUGCGGUGGGCGCGUUGAGGCAAAGAUGCACGGAAAGCUUCUUUUGCCUGUACGAACCGAUUUUCGUGGACCUGGCAGCCCGUUGGCUUCUGUCGGAGUCCCAAAUCGAUCAAACCGAUGUUCUAUCCGCAUUUUCGCGCAUACUUCCGCUCGCGCCAUAUCUGCGUUCCUUUGCAAGCCAAUAUGCCAUGUCUCGGGCUGGACCUCUGUCGGCUUUGGCUACGUCCGAUGAGCUAACGCUUUCUCAAAUGAAUGAUGCCACCCUCCGAGCCCUAUUGAUAGCGAUUUUCCGACUUCUUUCCUACGACACAGAAACCUUCUCGAAAGCCGUAUCGCCUUCACAACUCCAGAACCUGUUCCGCCACGGAGACCCGUCCGUGAGUUAUCUGGCGAUUCGAUGCUUUGCUAUGUACAUGAGGGCAGCCGAUGCUGCGACGGAGGAUAUAAUCAGGGCAAAGUUUGCAGACAACAUUAUUGAGGGGGAAUGGGAAGGUAUCACCAUCGACUACCGCUGCCUCGGGUUGUGGGAGGAACGCCGGUGGAAUGUCCUGGAGAAGCAAGUCCAACUUGCAAGAUCUUCCAGGUCUGCUUCGGAGAGCCUGUCACAAAUCGAGGCAUUGAGAGACUACUUCACCGCUCGAACCGCUGAGGUCUGUGGUGUGCUCAUACCCCGCCAGCAGGGCACAUCACCUCCGCCGUCCUCAAUUGUGAGAACGCCUACAGCUGUGGGUAACUUGCGGAAGAUCGCGGCAGCCUUAAUCGCUCCUGAGCCUUUACUCUUGACCGGCUUGCCCAACUCCGGAAAGACCACAUUGAUUAACGAUGUUGCAGCGACAAUGGGUCAGUCUGAAUCGAUGGUUACACUACACUUGAACGAGCAGACUGAUGCGAAGAGUCUUCUCGGAAUGUACUCUACAUCUCCUGCCACAGGAUCGUUCUCGUGGCAGCCUGGUGUCCUCACCAAGGCUGCAAGAGAGGGCCGCUGGAUCUUGAUCGAGGAUCUGGACCGUGCCCCUUCUGAAGUCAUCGGGCUUAUCCUGCCAAUCAUCGAAAGGGGAGAGUUGACCAUCGCUAGUAGAAGGGAAAGGAUCAAGUGCGCCGAAGGUUUCAAGAUCAUUGCGACCAUGAAAUCGUCUUACAACAUUGCCGGCGAAGAAAUCGCCCCAAGCACCAACAUCCUGGGCAGCAGGCUAUGGCAGAUAGUACAAAUCGAUUCUCUAACCAUAGACGAAGUUCGUGAGGUAAUCACGCAAAAGUUCCCUCUGCUUGAGUCCCGGGUUCGGACAAUCAUGGAUGUCUACCAAAGGCUUUGUGCUUCCUUCCAUGGCAGUCUUGCAAUCAAAAGCUCCCAAGGACGCACGCCAGGACUCCGUGAUCUUGUCAAGCUUUGCAGCCGGAUGCACAGGCGGCUGCAACGCCUUGGUGCUAAGACUGGCUACGAAGCGACGCCGGAGGGUGCCGAGGACGAGAUUUUCCUGGAUUUUGUCGAUGUCUUCUUGAAAUAUAUUCCCGAGAAGAAUACAGCAGACACCCUUGCGUUGGUUGUUUCCGAGGCUCUUCAGAUUUCACCGCAACGGGCACGUUUUUGUCUGCACGAACGCACGCCGACGUAUUCAGACCAGGGAAACAGCAUAACCCUUGGAAGGGAAGUUUGUCGCAAGAUCAAGGUCCCGGGAGGUUCGGCAUCAAAGGCUGCUGCUGCUUCGUCUCGUUUUGCCUCCACAAGGGCUGCUUUAGGUCUAAUGGAACAGGUCGCGGCUGCUAUCCAGAUGGCAGAACCUGUCCUCCUUGUUGGAGAAACUGGUAUUGGUAAAACGACUGUGAUUCAGCAGCUGGCUACCUUGAUGCGUCAGAAGCUGACGGUUGUGAACUUGUCACAACAGAGUGAAAGCUCUGAUCUCCUGGGAGGUUUCAAGCCUGUGAAUAUCCGGACUAUGGCUGUGCCCAUGCAUGACGAGUUCGUGUCCUUGUUUGAACUGACGUUUUCUGCCAAGAAGAACCAAAAGUUCCUCCAGUCUGUUGGUAAAAGUGUUGCUUCAGGAAACUGGGUACGCCUAGUCAACUUAUGGCAUGAAGCCGUUCGCUUGGCUGACGGCGUCUUCAAAUCGAGCGGCGGUAGCCCUGGUGCCGAGGAGCAACCGACGAAGAAGAGAAAACUGGAUUCACCAAAGUAUCAGUUCUUGCGGCAGAGAUGGGAAAGGUUCUCGGCACAGUUGAAUGAUUUCGAGUCUCAAGUGUCACAGGGAGAUGCCAAGUUUGCAUUUGCUUUUGUUCAAGGUAAAAUUGUUCGGGCCCUGCGGAACGGGGAGUGGGUUCUUCUUGAUGAAGUUAACCUGGCGUCGCCUGACACGCUCGAAAAUAUUGCCAGUCUUCUGCACCAUGGGAGUGAAGGCUCUCCAUCCGUACUACUUUCUGAGGCUGGUGAUGUGGAACGAGUCUUUGGACAUCCCGAAUUCCGCAUCUUCGGCGCGAUGAACCCUGCAACAGACGCAGGGAAGAAGGACCUGCCCCCUGGUCUCCGGUCUCGGUUCACUGAAUUUUAUGUCCAGUCGCCGGACAGUGAUUUGGAUGAUCUCCUGGCUUUAAUCCACAAAUACCUUGGUGACUUGGCUAUGACGGAUUCCAGAGCCGUCCCCGAUCUAGCUCAACUUUACAUGGAGACUAAGAAGCUCAGCACCGAGAACAAACUCACUGAUGGUGCUGGACAGCGCCCCCAUUUCAGCAUUAGAACGCUCGUCCGAGCUUUAAUCUAUGUUGCUGAUCAUGCUCACGUCUAUGGGCUGCGUCGAGCAAUGUAUGAAGGCUAUUCUAUGAGCUUCCUGACUGUGCUCAGCCAAGAUUCGGAGAGGUUGCUAGCACCACUUCUCGAGAGACAUUUAUUCAGCAAUGUCAAAAAUGCCAGAGGUCUUCUGAAUCAGACGCCACGACCACCAACUGACGGCAAUGACUAUGUCCAAUUCAAGCAUUACUGGAUGCGCCGUGGUCACCUAACCCCCGAAGAGCAGCCUCACUACAUCAUUACGCCUUUCAUCGAAAAGAACUUGAAGAACUUGGUGAGAGCUAGCUCCACCCGGCGAUUCCCUGUUUUGCUCCAAGGCCCGACCUCUGCAGGAAAGACGAGUAUGAUCGAAUAUCUUGCCAAGGUAUCGGGAAACAAGUUUGUUCGUAUCAACAACCAUGAGCAUACCGAUCUCCAAGAAUAUCUAGGAACAUAUGUCUCCAGUGAUGACGGGACACUUCGUUAUCAAGAAGGUGUCCUUGUCGAGGCACUCAGAAACGGAUACUGGAUUGUUUUGGAUGAACUGAACCUGGCCCCUUCUGACGUACUGGAAGCAAUGAACCGGCUUCUUGAUGACAACCGCGAACUUUUCAUCCCCGAGACGCAGGAAGUAGUGCACCCUCAUCCUAACUUCAUGCUCUUUGCGACCCAAAACCCUGCCGGCCUCUACGGUGGUCGCAAGGUUUUGUCGCGUGCCUUCCGAAAUCGAUUCUUGGAGUUGCACUUCGAUGACAUACCGGAGAGCGAGUUAGAAUACAUUCUGAAAGAGCGGUCUCAGAUUGCCCCCUCUUUUUGCACUAGAAUCGUCUCUGUGUACCGGAAGCUGUCCUUGUUACGCCAGGCAAACAGGCUAUUUGAACAAAAGAAUAGUUUUGCUACCCUGCGUGAUCUUUUCCGGUGGGCGCUGCGCCGAGCAGAUGAUCGGGAGCAAUUGGCGAUUAAUGGUUUCAUGCUCCUCGCGGAGCGGGUCCGAAAUCCGCAAGAAAGAGCUGCUGUGAAGGGCGUGAUUGAAGAAGUGAUGAGGGUCAAGAUCGACGAGGAUGUUAUUUACAGUUCCUCUGAGAUGGAAAAGCGUGCCCCCCAUCUUGCUCUGCUGGCCCCUGGCGUUGUGUGGACGAAGGCAAUGAGGAGGCUUUUCGUACUCGUUGCCACUGCGAUCGAGAACAAUGAGCCCACUCUGCUUGUUGGCGAAACUGGAUGCGGAAAGACCCAGCUUUGCCAGGCAGUUGCAGAGAUUUACAAGAAAGAAUUAUUGAUUGUCAAUGCCCACGUUAAUCUCGAGACGGGAGACCUGAUAGGAGCUCAACGACCCGUAAGAAACAGGGCAGCAAUUGAGAGCCAAUUGCUCAGUGACUUGCAAAGCCUUUUCCCGGAGAGCGCACAUUCAGGAUCUCUCGAGGAACUGAAGCAAGCCUUUGGUGCUUUGAACGCGGACCAACUGCAAUCUUCUGAUGCCGAAUUGGUCUCGCGCAUUGAGAGAAAUGUGGCUCGCUCGAAUGCUCUAUUCGAGUGGUCCGAUGGAAGUCUGAUAACUGCAAUGAAGACGGGCCAAUUUUUCCUGCUAGAUGAAAUCUCUCUGGCAGACGAUUCUGUCUUGGAAAGAUUGAACAGUGUUCUCGAGCCUCAUCGUUCGAUAUUGCUUGCAGAAAAGGGCCCGAUAGAUUCUAUGGUUGUUGCCGACGAAGGAUUCCAGUUUCUAUCUACAAUGAAUCCUGGUGGUGACUAUGGAAAGCGCGAACUUUCGGCAGCUCUUCGGAAUCGAAUGACCGAGAUCUGGGCGCCCCAACUGUCCGAAGACGAGGACAUCCUACCGAUUCUACAGAGGAAGCUGGACUUGGGCACAGAGCAAUUACCCAAGGGGAUGCUACAGUUCGCAAAAUGGUUCAAGGGAGUGUUCCAAAACUCUUCCACUUCAUCCCUCUCUCUGCGUGACCUUCUUGCUUGGGUUGACUUUGUCAAUAAGUGCCAAAGCUCGGACACUCUCUUUUCCAUCGUCCAAGGUGCAGCUAUGGUUUUCAUAGACACUUUGGGUGCGAACCCUGCAGCUAUGCUUGCGACAGCGUUGCAUAAUCUCGAUGGCAACCGUCAAUUAUGUCUUGACAAACUACGUGAGAUUUUUGAUGUCGAUGCAUCGGCGAUUUAUCGACAGCGAUCAAGCGUCGAUAUUGAAGGCUCAUCUCUGCGUGUUGGGCCAUUCUGCCUGCCAAUGAACAGCGACUCAAUGCCCGAUCCCGAAUUCAUCAUGGACGCACCCACUACGAUCGCUAACUCUGUGCGCAUCGCUAGAGGCUUACAGCUGCCCAAGCCUAUUCUGCUUGAGGGUAGUCCAGGUGUUGGAAAAACAACGCUCGUCACAGCGCUUGCGAGAGCCCUUGGAAAACCGCUUACGCGUAUCAACCUUUCAGAGCAGACGGAUCUUACUGAUCUUUUCGGCUCAGACGUCCCUGUCGAAGGAGGUGACGUCGGACAAUUUGCCUGGCGAGACGCGCCAUUUUUACAGGCAAUGCAACGCGGUGACUGGGUCCUGUUGGAUGAGAUGAACUUGGCUUCGCAGUCGGUCCUUGAGGGUCUUAAUGCUUGCUUGGAUCACCGUCAAAUGGUAUAUGUCGCCGAGCUUGACCAAACUUUUAAGAGACAUCCCAACUUUGUUCUCUUCGCCGCGCAAAACCCUCAUCAUCAAGGUGGCGGUAGAAAGGGUCUUCCUGCUUCUUUUGUCAACCGAUUUACCGUGGUCUAUGCCGACAGCUUCACAGAUACUGAUUUGAAGAGGAUUUGCGCCAAGCUUUUCCCGGGCAGUCCUGCUCAUCAGACCGAAGGACUAGUUGAGUUCGUGUCUCUCCUCAACAAAGCUAUCCAGGAGCGACGGUUAGGCGCUAUCGGCGGCCCUUGGGAGGUUAACCUGCGAGACAUUCAAAGAUGGCUCCAGUUGGCAGACCGUGGCAGCUUGCAGAUACCUACCCAGAGCUUCCUGGAAGUUAUCAUCUCUCAGCGGUUUAGGAGCGAGGAAGAUCGGCAGUUGGUCUCCAAGUUGUACAAGACGGUUUUCAGUGACGCUUCAACGCAUGCGAAGAGCUACUACCACAAUCUGACAACGGAGUACGUACAAGUCGGACUCGGGAUCAUGCAACGAGACUUGCUGUUGCAGGAGACAGCCAGCCCCCAAAUGAGGAUACUUCCAGGAGACCUCCCCGUCCUAGAGUCACUCAUGUUGUGCAUAGAGCAGUCUUGGCCUAGUAUUCUGGUGGGCUCAUCUGGCUGUGGCAAGACGACCCUCAUUAGAAAGCUUGCUGCCCUGAAUGGUGCUAGUUUAGUCGAGCUAGCAUUGAGCGCGGAUACUGAUACGAUGGACUUGGUUGGUGGAUUUGAGCAGAUCGACUACAAGAGAGAAAUAUCAUCCCUUGUGCAACAAAUCGCGGUCUUCCUCCGACGCCAUGUUAUCACUGCCUAUGCAGGCAGUGAUCUGGCGGCUGCAGCUCCCGCUUUCCUGGCACUUUACGAGCAACUACAAAGUCCAGAUGUCCAGUUAGAUGCUGUAUGCUCGUCACUGCAGACUCUCUGCCAAUCAUGGCCCCAUGAUGCACUGGAGAAGCUUUUCAACCAUGCUCAGCAUUUGCUGACAGUCACUAAGCAGUCUGAUAGCAUGAAGGUGGGAUUUGAGUGGACCGAGGGAGUAUUAACACAAGCCGUUCAACAUGGACAGUGGGUUGUUCUCGACAACGCCAAUCUCUGCAACCCAUCGGUUCUGGAUAGGCUGAACUCUCUUACGGAGCCAAACGGAGCUCUCAUCCUGAACGAGCAACGCACUGAGGAUGGAAAUGCCCGCAUCAUCAGGCCUCACCCUAAUUUCAGACUGUUCCUGACGAUGGACCCUCGCCAUGGUGAGCUGUCUCGAGCCAUGCGGAACCGAUGUGUUGAGAUAUGCUUCUUGUCUCAGGAUAACAAUGAUAUUAUCGCCACGUCGAUGCCUGCAUACACCCACCAAUCUUCUCUGUACCGCCUUCGGUCGGUCUGGGAAAUGGAUUUGUCCUUGCCUAGCGAGGGCAAUACCGACAACCUCCAUGAAGUGUGCCUCGACCAUCUUUCAUUCUCAGACCUGUCAUAUCUUCAGCGGGCACUCAAGCUCACGCCGCAAUACGGCUCAGAUAUCGCGAGAGAGCCCUUCUCUUUGGCCUUAGAUCGCUAUGUUUCUGCCAUACAUGAUAACUCGUCAAGCAAACCUUUCGAGAGCACCAAGAAGGAAGUCAUGCUUGGCCGAGCUUCUUUUGCUAUUCAAGGAAGGCUGCAGCCUCUUCACCCUCUGGUAAACGAACCGUUGGCUUCCAUCCUGCACCAAGAUGUGCCUUUGGUGUGGCUCAUGAUUUUAGCCUACCUGCAAGAAUACAAGCUUGACCUACAUCGCCUUAGACAAGACUUGCUGCAAGCCGACGAAUCAGGAAAACAGCUCAAGCCAAGUCAAAUGAGUCGCCUCCAGCGGUCAUUGGCUUCUGGAAGGAUACCCUCUCUGAUGAAAGAUACAACGCAGCCGGUUGGCCCGUUCCUAUCUGACUGCGGCCAAGCCAUGUACGAUUUCAUUCAGAACCUCGACCAUGACGUUCUUCAGGCCCCCGAAAUGGUGCGAGCUCUCCGAGCUAUCAUCGACUUCAUCAAAGAUGUACUCGCAAUGACAGCUGCCCAUGACCUGGACCAGGGUGAAUUCCAAAUUUAUCUACAGAUUGGCAAGGAAUUGUGCGCUUCGCUAGUAGACACGUGGGCGCCAUUGAAGAAGCUUGCUUUCGCGUUCUCCCAAGCCCUUGAUCGGUUCCAAGAGAAUUGGGCGUUGACCACAGGCCUAAGCAUGCAACGGCUUUGGGAGUCAUGGAGACCAGUAACCCCUUCGACGCAAAGCCAACUGACGUCGCUGCUCGAAUUAGAGAGCGUUGCCUCUGAAUUUACCCAGGUUGCGACGAAAACUCACCUGGACUUAGCUCAAUUGAGCCAGGUGCGCAACUCUCUCAUUGCCGGCCAGGAAGCUAUUCUCCGGAACGGUUCUGAUGAAGGAUAUCCCACACAAGUCCUCCGGCAAACGGUCGCCGAAUUGGCAGCUUGCGUUCAAGACGCCGAUCCAACACUGCGCCCCUAUUUCUCGACUAGCUUUGAGACGUUGUGCCAGUACAACGAUAUCGCUUCUCUAUGCAAGGGUCAAGCUGGUGAUGACCAGGUUGUGCGAGCUAUCCUGCCUUUACUUGCCAGCCGUGCUGCACGGCCCUUGGAUGGGUCGAGUUUCCAGAGUCCCAUACCUAACCUCCUUCACAAGAUUUCGUUGUUCUCAGGAUCCGAAAAUCCCUCUGUGUUCGGAUCGGCCAUUAGCGGCACAAUCUCACUAUCGCUGCUGGAGAGAUUGGCUUUCGUUGGCUCUACGAGCUUGGGCCAGAUGAAUGCAUUGGAGGUAGAGAAGAAGACUCUUUCUCAGGCGUUGACUCUGACAACCCGAGAGAUUGGUUUGGACCAGUUCAAGGUUCUACGGCAGGUCCUGGCAAGGCUCACACUGGAGCUUGUCUUCGUGCACAGAGAGUUCCUUGAGCCUCAGUCUCUGGAGGCGUUGACUAGCAUUCUUCGCGCAGUCGAAGAGACUGGUCGAUAUGCUGGCCCGGCAGUGCAAGAACUUCGGGCGGCAGCGAACCUGCCUAAAGAACACUAUUUCAGGCGAUUCGUACAAGAGGACCUUCCCAGGCUGGUUGCCUCGCUAGCAGCCGAUGCACAAGCUGGCGAAGCUCCGGUACAAAGCGCUGGAGCCGCAAUCGUUCAACUGGCUGUCAUCUUCCUGCGCCUCUUUGUCCCAGAUAAGCCUUUUGAUCCUUCAUUGGGCUUGGUUGUGCAGAGGAAGCGACACACGCAACGCUCGUCGGAGCUUACGGCAAAGGCUGAAGCUAUCACUUCCUUCGAGGUUGGAUUCUCUGGCCAGACUUCGAACAUACGGGUUGAACUUUUGCAAAAGGAACUGCACGAUCUUGGUUCGGCACCGCCUCCAUCUUCUGUCAGCAGACCUCCGAUCUCCGAGAUUAAUCUGCUCCAUGGGGAGUUUUCAAGCCUGGUAAAGUCGGUGCUUGAAAGGCACCCCGAGCAAAUCGUUUCGGCCAGUGAAAACCAGGGCGAAAAGCAGAGGAUGCUUGGUUUGCUACGUGAUAAUGUUCGCCAGCUCAGCCACCGCCUCAGUACAAACUACCGCUCCUACGAUGACAUUACGACACCUGUUGUCCGGUUCCUUCAGAUUCUGGACAUGGGUCUCUACCUUUCUUCGACUCCAUCUGGCGAAACAAGUGACCUUCAGAUACUGAAUGCUGUUAAGGAGACUACGCCAUUCCUCGGAGGAAUGAUCCAUCCUAAUUCAGAGCUUAGGUCGGCAGCCAGCUCGACCGUCAACACGGAUCUGUGGUUCCAUGAACUUUCCUCGUUGAGAUUGGCUGAGAAUGCGGACCCGGGAGUUAUCCGGACCCAGGCUGGGCGUGAUACUCUACGCCGCCUUUUCGAGCAGUUCCACGCUCUAUGGAAAACCAAGCUGCGCGAAGAUCAAGAAGAUGAGGCAAGGAAGUCCGAGUUCUACCACUACAAGGGCUCUUGGGAAGAUAGCGAGGAGGUCGAUGAAAAUGAACUACGUCAGCUGUUCCCCACCUAUGAUCAAGAUGCAGAGGAGGAAGAAGGCCAAGGUCCGGCUCGCUACGAUCCGAAGGCUAUCUCGAUCAGGAUUGCAUCAUUGCAUGCCAAACUGUUCCAAUCGGAAGAUCGUGAGGAAGCUUUGUCAACUUACGUCAAGCAAGCUUCCCUGUUACUGGGAUCUAAGUGGUCAGAGGAUACUCUCAGCGUACCGAAUGUGGAUCCUAAGGAUCAGCUCUCAGGUGUCCUCUUGCUUCUGGAAGACUCUAUCAACACAGGUCAGAAUCAGCCGGCAGCCAAAUAUAACUUCUAUGUGGAUGCGAACAUAUCCGAAGCAAAGAAGCUGGUGACCUUGACUUUGUCAACGAAGGCUCGGUUCACUCAGAUUCAGAAGGCCUGGCCCGACCAUGCUGUGUUGGAGGACGUCAUCCAGUGUUGCAGAGAGAUUCUCCAAUUUAAGCACACUGAGCCUGUCGCCAAGUUCAUUACCAAGGUCGAAAAGCUUCAUGCACUUGUUCAUGAAUGGCAGCUCGUAGCGAGCAGAGAAUAUUCGGCUGCGUCUGUGUAUGAGGAGAUCACCGCAUUGAUCAUCGGCUGGCGACGACUUGAGCUAUCCACGUGGGCGAAGCUUCUGGACAUCGAGAACGAAAAAUGCACCCAGGAUGUAGGCUCAUGGUGGUUCAUCGCCUAUGAGGCUAUCAUUCGGGCCCCCAUGCAAAUUGCAGAGUCCGGCCAGAUGGAGAUGAGUGAACACGUGCAAGAGAUUACUGCUACGUUGGAGCAGUUCUUUAACUCGACGACCCUGGGACAGUACAGUGAGCGCCUACAACUUGUCAAGAAUUUCCAGUCUCUGCUCUUGCUCUAUGUCCAGGAUAUGCCGGCUUUGAAACAGCUUAUCUCUGCUUUGGAUAACUUCAUUGUGCGCUACAGGCAAUUCGAACCUAUUGUGCACAAGCAGCUGGUGGAGAAGCGGGCAGCCCUCGAGAAGGAUAUCAAGGAGCAGAUUCAGUUGGCUAGCUGGAAAGAUACCAAUAUUGUCGCACUCAAAGAAAGCGCACGCCGCUCACAUACCAAGUUGUUCAAGCUGGUCCGCAAAUACCGUGAAGCCCUGGGGCAAUCGGCGCAACCCAUCGUGGAACAGGACAUGCCGGAUAAUAACGAUGACAGCGGAGUUACCCAAAAUGAUGUUGUCAUAGCCUCACGCGUGUUCCCUGAAGCACUCGCAAUGUGCCAGAAGGAAGGAGUCUGGACCGAUAGACCCCCGCGAUUCAAGAACCCCGAUGCGACUGCUAGCAGCAUGAUGCAACUUUAUACCUCGAUUCCCGCCGAGUUUGACGUCGCAGAAGAUCUCGACGGCUUUGUCAAGGAUGUCAUCGAGAGUAUCCAGGAGUUCAAGUCGCGGACGCCGAAGACUCUCACUGAGGAGAAUACAGAGGAUGUCCAGCAUCUCAAAGUCCAGAAGCGCCGUUUCUACGCGGAUACCUUGCGGCGACUCAUGGAUAUGGGAGUGAAGCGUAGCGCGAGUACCAGUUUGAUCGAAACCCAAGCAUCUAUUGCACAGAUCCUUGCCUCCAGUCCAGCCUUGGAAGCCGACUCUGUGCUAUCGCAGCUGGCUAAGAGUUCCGACUUGUACUACCAUAGGUUCUUGGACUUGCUUCCUCGCGUUCGUGUGGCGGCACACAACUAUGCGGAAGAUCUCAGUAAUGUUGAAGUUUCCAGGAGUUCGGGGUCUAUCGAACACUUGUUGUUCCUCGCCCGGAAGCAGAGAGCGUCGAUCUCACCAGCGCUUACCGAUCUGACAGCGUUACAGUCGACACUUCUGAAGGUUUCGAACCUCUGGAAUUCAGGCUGCUCUUCCAUUUCCAAGGAUCACCCACAGUUCCCGAUUGAGAGAGUCGAGGUAACGAGGGCAGUGGCAUGGCUGACGCCUGUACUUGGACUUGCCGCCACUGUUAUUGGUCUGCACGCCAAGUUCUCUGGCAUCGGUUCGAGAAGCAUCUUAGAUGGCCUGCAGACUUGGAAGGGCACAUUCGAUCGGUUGAAGACUUCUCUGGGUAAUCUUCCUCAGCUACCACACGGUGUCUCCUCGCAGUUGUACAGGGACACUGUCCAGGAGGCUUCUGCAUCCCUUGAACAAUUGAGCAGCAACCUCACAAGAUGGGCUGAAGAACGUCCUGACCUGACCUUUGUGCUUGGCCAAAUAGUCCCUUGGGUGAAGGUCAACGUGAUGUCUCCAGACUGUGAACUUGAUGAGACCACCGUAUCCCUUGAGAAAUUCGAUGCGGGUCUCGUUGCAGCUGUUGACAGAAUCCUUGUCAGCCUCCAGAAAUUGAAGGAGAUUCCUUCCUCGCUUGCCAAUCCUGGUUCUCUGGCGCGGAGUGACGAGUUCUUCGUCAAAUCCUUGAAGGCCCUUCAUAUCUCUGGCAUCAAAUCCUCGCUUGAAUCUGUUCUUGAUCAAUUGCAGCACAUCCAGGCUGGCUCAGGUUCUGGCAUUCCAUUUGCGGUCGCACUUGUGACGAGCUUGCUGCCUAUCAUGCACAAGUACUUCCAUAUCAGCAAAGAUGUUGUGGAUCGCUACUUGGUUGUACACCGAGAGACCUGCAAAAUGUCCUACAUUCUCACCAAGUGCUUCGCUCAAAUCGCUUCCGAAGGCUUCUGUAGUCCCGCAGAAGCAUCUACGGAGGAGAGCAAAUCCGGCAAGCUCGAGAGCGGCACUGGUCUGGGAGAGGGUGAGGGUGCUGAAGACAUCAGCAAAGAUGUUGGAGAUGACGAGGAUCUGUCGGAGCUUGCUCAGGAGCAAAAGGGCGAGUCUACCGAGGACCUCGAAAACUCAGAAGACGCAGUGAACAUGGACAACGAGGAAAUGCAGGGCGAAGAAGGCGAGCGGAAAGAAGGCGACGAGGAAGACAAUGAAAGCGGCGACGAAGAGGAAGAUGGCGACAUUGACGAGGAAGUCGGCAGUGUUGAUGAUCUCGAUGCUACGGCAGUUGAUGAAAAGAUGUGGGACGGUGAGCACGACGACAAGCAGAAGGAGACUGAGACCAAUGAAGGCAAGGGUCAGGCCGAGUCUGACGAACAGACGGCGGCCGAGGAGAAAAAACAGGAGAAGGAGAAGGAGAAGGCCCAGGAAGGCGAGCAGGGUGAGGUGGACGAGAACGAGGAGGAAGAAGAAGAUGAGGAAGGUGAAGAUAAGCCUGAUGACGAAGGCGAAGCCGUUGGACGUGAGGAUAUGGAUGUGACCGAUCCUCAGGCAAAGGAAGAAGAGGCCCUGGACCUUCCGGACGAGAUGCAACUUGACGGCGAAGAAAAGGGUGAAGAAGAAAAUGAGAGUGACGAUGGCCUUGACGGCAUGAAUGACGAUCUUCCCCCUCUUGAGGAGAACAAUGAGCAGCAAAUGGACGGAAAGGAUGUUGGCGAGGAUGAGGCCAUGGACGAAGGAGAAGGCGCCGAGGAACAGGAGCCCGAGCAGACGGAGGAGGGCAUGCCGGACGAGGAGGCCGCCGAGACCAAUGAAGGCGAGGGCAAUGACGAGGCGGAGGAAGCCGGCGAGGAGGCUGAAGAGGAAAAAGAGGACUUCCUGGCCCAGCGCGACGAGAACGAGAUGGCCGGAGAGGAAGUGGCUCCCAGUGAAGCAGUCAAUGGUGGCCUUGGGGCUGAUCAAGACCAGAACCAAGAGAAGGGCGCGUCUGGUAACGCACAGCAGGAGAACGGCUCAACUGAUCCUUCCGACCAGAAGGAGCAGCAGACCGGUGCAGCCCAAGAGGGUGACGAGAACCAAAGGCACCAAGAAGAGGGUGGUGCGAAUGAUGCAAACCCAGACGACCCUCAAUUGCAGGCUUUCAAGAAGCUGGGUGACGUUCUCGAACAAUGGCACCGCCGCCAGAAGGAGAUCAUGGAGUCCUCCAAACAAGAAGAGGGCGAGACUGAGGAUCCCAUGCCCCAGGACGCAGACAUGGCCGACGCUGACUUCGAACAUCUCCGCGACCAAGACGACGUGGCAGACACCCAAGCUCUGGGUCAAGCCAGUGAAGAACAGGCGAAGGCUCUGGACCAGAACAAGGGAGUCGAGUCGGACGUCAAACCCGAAGGCAACGACGUGCUGCCGGAUGUCACAGACGACGACCAACAGCAGCUCCCAGACAACAAGCUCGAAGAUGAGAUGCAGCUGGAUCAGGGUCUUCCCUCCGAGUCACAGAUGGCCGGUGCCAUGAUUCCUGGCAACACCCAGACCCAGGAACGGACCACCGACACUACCGGUCAACAAGAACUAAACGAGGAGCUCGAUGAAGUCGACGCCCAUCUCGCCGCCAUCCACCUCUCUUCCAACCUUCCUCCCCUGACCCCCCGCGACGAGGCCCAACGUCUCUGGUCCUACUACGAGUCAGCCACCACCGACCUCUCCCUCUCGCUGACCGAACAACUCCGCCUCAUCCUCGCCCCUACCCUGGCCACCAAACUACGCGGCGACUUCCGCACCGGAAAGCGUCUCAACAUCAAGCGCAUCAUCCCCUACAUCGCCUCCCAAUACAAGCGCGACAAGAUCUGGAUGCGCCGCUCCAUCCCCUCGAAGCGUAACUACCAGAUCAUGCUCGCCGUCGACGACAGCAAGUCCAUGCUCGAAAGCGGUAGCGGCCAACUCGCCUUCGAAACCCUCGCCCUAGUAGCCAAGAGUCUCAGCAUGCUCGAAGCCGGCGAUCUCUGCGUCCUCGGCUUCGGCAACGAAGACCACGUCCGCGUCGCCCACGAGUUCGGCAAGCCCUUCUCCUCCGAGGCCGGCACUCAAGUCUUCCAGCACUUCAGCUACCAGCAAACCGGCACAAACGUGCGCAAGCUCAUCGCCGACUCCAUCGCCCUCUUCCGCGAGGCCCGCUGGAAGCAGUCCCCCGGUAGUGGAAACGCGGACCUCUGGCAGCUGGAGCUGAUCAUCUCCGAUGGUAUCUGUGAAGACCACGAGACUAUUCAGCGUCUGGUGCGCCAGGCACAGGAGGAACGCAUUAUGAUUGUGUUUAUCAUUGUGGAUGCUGUGAAGGGUAGCUCGAUUUUGGAUCUGAGUCAGGCGAGCUUUGAGGAUGAUGGUAGUGGGGAGAUGAAGUUGAGGAUGAAGAGAUAUCUAGAGGGUUUCCCGUUCCCUUAUUACCUUGUUGUUAGGGAUGUCAGGGAGUUACCGGCUGUUUUGGCCACGGCGUUGAAGCAAUGGUUUGCUGAGGUGGUAGAUGUGUCGUCUUGA